AUGCGAAAUAAAUUAUGCAAUUCACUCAAUCAAAAUCUUUCUUUACCAUUAAUUUGUUUUGUUGCCAUUGGUUUCGUAAUAUUAUUAUCUAAAAUAGGAAUUAAGUCAAUUACUACCUUUACUACUUCAUCACAUUUUACUAAGCAUGUACGAAGUGCAACUAAACAUUACAUUCUCAAAGACAGUGAAUAUGAUAUGCUCCCAUCGGGUUCUCCAACCACCGAUGCUUAUGAUAAACUGCUAAAAAAUCCUGUAUAUAAGGAGUGGACUGAAGUGUAUUCGAACAAGUUUCUAAAAGAUAAUAAAGAUAUUCUUGUUGGAUAUACACAAAAAUGGGUGGCUGAUCCUCUGCAUACAUGGUCACGUGGAUGGGAAUACACGUAUGUAGCUGCAGCCAUCAGAAAAUACGCUCCACGUGAUCGUGAUCUUUAUUUAUUGGAUUUUGGUUCUGGCGUGACUUUCAUUGAUUGGAUGAUUGCUUAUGAAAUAUUGGAUAACAAUCCACGAUCGCGUGUUCUAGCAGCCGAUAAUAAUAUGGCAUAUCAAGAUUGGUUUGAUCAACUGAACAAAAGAUAUAUGGAACGAGCUAAACAAGGAGAUGUACCGGAAAAAUAUCGCAUACCUAAAGUACAAUUUAUCGGCCAUGAUAUUCGAAAACCAAUUCCAAUAUUAAAUACUAGUAUUGACAUUGCAUUUUGUAUUUCAGUCAUGGAACACGUCGAUGAUUCUUUGGCAGCAGCAAGAAAUAUCUAUAAUACGUUAGUUCCUGGUGGUUAUUUAAUUAUCACUUUUGAUAUCGACAGAAAUUCUGCAAUAGUCAGUCAUAAACCGUCGAGAGCCGAUGCGUUAUUAAAAGAAUUACGGCGAAUAGGCAGAGAGAUUCACUUUGAUAACUCUGUAUUACGCACGUAUAAUGAUGAAAUGUUUCAAGAUAUGAUUCAAAAGAAGAAUGAUCUUUAUACAUUAUAUGACGGUAAGAUAAAACAAUAUGAUGAUAGUGAAUGGAUUAAUACAAAAUCAGAAUCAAUUAGAAAAGGAUUAUUUUUCUCUUGUCAUGUCUUUCAAAAACUUUAA